CGACUGGUGCGACUUUGCAACCACCAAAAGAUCCGUCAUCAACAACAACUUGAUUGGGAUCCAUUGCCCUUGAAUUCAUCUAUCAUGAGACAGACCACCAGCUCCUAUCGACUAAUCCUUAUUGACCUGCAGUUCCUCUUCUCAACCCCAAGCUUUCACGUCUCUACUGGUGGUCUGAUUUUCUCAUCAUCUUGCGACUAGCUCUAGCUGUUUCACGUGAGCAAGCGGCAAGUCACUCGUCGCGCCUUUACUCCGAGCCGCCUUCUAUUGAUCCUUCCUCUUCACCGUCUACCAUAAAUCUCUCCCGACGUAGAUAUCUGUCAGAAAUCCCAAUCUCGCUUUACACUUGAGCUUUCUCCUGGUUCUUCUAUCCUCUACAUAGCCCGACCCCACACCGUUGGAUGGAGCCGUCAUGGCCCAGCCUGGAGACCAUCUUGUCGACCAGAUCGCGCAGCUAAAUGCUGCCCGUAACCUUGUCCUCGGAGAUGCCGCAUUUUACCCUCAGAUCGUGAAUGGAGUUCUCCCAAUUAUCGGUGCACAGGCGCGAUUGGAGUUGCGACGAUGGGGAACCGAAUUCUUAGCCGAAACAUUCGCUAGCCCUGCAUUUCCUGCAGCUCAGAAGGAACAGUUGACAACAAAUGUAUUGCAGACAGUACGGAAUAUUCUGGAGCUUCCGGAGGGAGAUCAAUUGGUCUUGGAAAAUAUAGUUCAGACCGCUGCCAGUUUGUAUCCGCUGGUUUUUAGGCAUAUUAUCAACAAUGCGGAAGCCAAAGAAGCCUGGGACAAUAUGUCAGCCAUUAAGCAGGAUAUCUUACGCAGAUGGGAUUCAUUUCCGCACCCUGUGAAAAUAUGCUGUAUCAAAUUUGUUCAGCGAGUCGUUCUAGUGCAAACGCAUGGCUUAAUAUCAGAUCCCAGGCGGCCUGAACAAAACGAAACGUCGUUGGCCAUCGUUCCUCGAAGUCACCCCAUCCUCUCUCUCCCUAACCUAGAAGCAGAAGCUUCCGGUUUGUUAGAUAGGCUCUUGUCAGUCUUUCAAGAGGAUGCAAGUGAUCCUCUCCUUGUAAACGCGACGCUUAACAGCCUUGCAGUUCUUAUCCGAACACGCCAGUCCGUUGGCAACAAAAUCAUAAAUGCAAUCUUGAACUUUUUCCCUGCGAGACAAGCGCGCUCACCGGUAACACCUGCCGUGCGAGUUGGCGUCAAGUCGAUGGAGCGGACGACACGAGCAUUGCUGAUAAAUAUUAUGAAGAGGAACCCUAGUCAUCCUCUUGUGGGAAGGAUGCAGCAACAUAUCGAGCGUUUAAUGCAAUCGCGUAUUGAAUCUGUAGAAGAUACGUCGCGCAAGCGGGGACUACCUUCUGAGCCAACAGAUGGUCUUGAUGUUGCUAAACGGGCGAGGCUUGAUGCUGAACCCCCGGCAAUUAUCGAAGUCCCACCUCUUCCUCCAGGUCGCUUAAGUUAUGCGCAGCUCUUCACCCUAACAGAGGAUACGGGACUCUCCUCCUUCGACGUAAAGCAGCUCCCUACUGACCUUCUCGUUAAAAUCGUCAUUCCUCUUCUCGCGCGUGUUGACCAGUCUUCAAUGAACCAAUCUCUUGAUGCUAUAAGAAUGCGAUACGAGACCUACCAAAAGCAACAAAUGACAACCCCUCAGGCAGCGCCGGUCGAAGAGGAAGAUGAUUAUGAGCCCGAAUACCAGCCCAUGGAUGUUCCACCGCUCGCUGCAGAUCACGAAGACGCUGUGUCCGCGGAGAUCGUAGGCGAACAACCAGACCUUGUGUCCCUUGGGCCAUUCGUUCUGCCUCAGCCCCCACCUUUGAGCGAAGAAGAAGCCGCAGAGGCUGGACGGGGCGCUGUUGGAAGAGUAUUUGGCAUGGUUGCAUCUACGACAGUGGCUCCGGCCUCGGGAAAGAACAAAGGUCAACAUAAUCUUGGCUUUUCUAGAUUAGCGGGUAGCACAUUUGACCGGGACGCCUGGGUAACUCUACUCGUUCGACUUGCGACAAGAGCCCCUGCUGGACUUGAAGCAGGGGGCCAAAAGACGGAGUCGGAUAUGUCAGCCAGGAAAAGGCCAACAAUCUCGGAUUCAAUCCGAGAAACACUUUAUCGACAUAUCCUAGAAGAUUUCAGGGCACGUGUCAAUGUUGGGAUAUCAUGGUUAAACGAGGAGUGGUACAAUGACCGAAUCCAAAUGAAGCUGACCGCUUCCCAGCGGACAGAAGAAGACGAGGAAGUUUCGGUACCGUUGCAUUAUGACAAAUGGGCUCUACGACUCCUGGAUGGGUUUCUACCAUAUCUGGAUUCUCGCGACACUAAGAUCUUUAUUCGCUUUCUCAGUGAGAUUCCUGAGGUGACGAUCCCGAUCACCAAACGAAUUGCUAGCCUUGCCAAGGAUCCAGAGCGAGUAAAUCUUUGUGUCCAAUCCUUAAUGUAUUUGAUAAUGUUCCGCCCACCGGCGCGAGAAAUAUGUCUCAAUGCUUUGGAGGAAGUUUAUGAAACCUACGAGGAGUCACGUCCUUCUGCAGGCAAGGUCCUGGCAAAGUGGCGACCACAAAGAGUUGCACAGCUAAAAGGCGAACAAACUACCCUGGUAAGACGCUCUGCUGAAGCGCAACCGGCCGGCGUGCCACUUGCGAACGGUGUCAAAGACCCCAGGCUCGCCUCUUUGCCGGUCUCUCAGGCCUCCGAUACCACAGCUGCUUGAUUUUGAGCGUUCUGCAAGACAUUCCGAAAGAAAUCAAUGCCAGUGAUUCCCCAUCAACUUUUAUCCGGCCGAUAUCCUUGCCAGAUAUACACCCAUUUUGGAGCGAGCACAUGCAGUGGUUCUUUUACGCUGCAUUGCUGCAACAACUGCAUGAUGUACUUUUACGACUACAUGGCUUGAGCAUUAAUUCUCAGACCUAGUUAUAAGAAUAGGUCGAGAUGUGAGAUGUAUAGUAGUGAGUGAAAUGGAGUUAUUUCCAAUACUAUUGCCUCAAGUACGUACGACCGGAUAAAGGUAUCUUUGAGUGAAGUAAGACUCUUUAUACCUAUACAUAUAUCAGAUACGGUUAUUUGAUAAUUUAUGUUAUAUCAAUCUUUGAUUUGCACUUUUAUUUCCUUUGAUAGUAUUCCAGUUGUGCGAGUGUACCAUAUACCUAAUGUUUUCCCUUUUCACUUUUUCUCCUCUCUACAUAG